AAUUAUUGUAACCAAAUUAGUCCAUAAUCUUUGUUCUGUUUUCAUUCUUAUACUUCGCUGGCACAUCCUGUCUAUUCUUCCUUGAUCCCUUCAUAUUUCAUUAAGCGACCACAAUGGUCAUUUAAUUUCUAUUACCUACUCGCACAUAUAAUUGUAUAAAAUAUCUAUGAAACGAAUAUUCUAGAAUCUCUUUCUACCUACAUGUUUGAAAAAUAUGUUAUUAGAUUCUCAGAAAUGAAAUUAACUAAGUAUUAUUAACGAACGUUAAUAGCAUUUAUUGCAUAAAAUAUAUAUGAUAUGUAAUUACAAGAAACCUACAUUUUAUUACAAGAACUCACUAAUGGCGAAAAAUUAUCAUGAUAUAGGGAAAACAAUAUAACUAAAACUAAAUUGGAUUAUAUGGAAAUGGGAACAAGCAAUAUUAACAGCUCGUUCACUCACCUACAAUGAGCACAUGAGCCAGAGUUACGCCAUCGAUUUCAUGAUGGAGCCAAUAUUUUGGUUUGUUGACAACUUUGCUAAAUAUCUAGGCAAGGUGUUUGUCUUCUGUGUUACCAUCUUGACAUCAUUAGUGGUUGUGAUAGCGUACUGGGUGGGUUUACCAUACUGGUGGCAACGAUGUCCGUACACAUCAGUGUUCCUUGUCAUAUUCGGCAACUGGCUCCUUUUGAAUAUUACAUUCCAUUACUAUAUGGGGGUGAUCACCCCACCAGGAUAUCCUCCUAAUGAUCUGUCAGUAGUAAGAAGACAUGGUAGACCACGCAGAAAAAAGGAUUUAGUGUUGUUGAAAGCAGCAAGUAUUUGCAAGAAAUGUAUCGCACCGAAGCCGCCGCGCACCCACCACUGUUCUGUGUGCGAUCGGUGUAUACUCGGCAUGGACCACCACUGCCCCUGGCUCAACAACUGCGUAGGGUAUAGGAACGCGCGCUAUUUCUACCUGUACAUGUUAUAUAUGUUAGCUGGAGUCACUUUCAUCAUAGUGGCUGGGAUUGAUAUAGGUUAUCAAGUUCUGUGGUUAAAUGACACCGGCGGUAUCAUUCCUUACAACGAUCCAGAUCUCAUCGGGCAUCCCGUGCGUAUGAACCAGAGCGGUAUUUUAGUCCCAGUCAAGGUAAUAGUCGAGUACGACUCCAUAAAUUUCCCUCGGGAGCACAAUCUACCCAUGCCGCCCGUCACCGAGGCCCAGCGCAUUGCCGCGCACCCUUGGAAAAGGAAAGGAGUGGUGUUCAUGGCCGUCACCUGCGUCUCGGUGGUGCUAGCACUCGGCGGACUGGUCAUCUUGCACGCGAAAAACAUCAGCCGCGGCGAAACCAGCGUGGAGGCCGCCAUAAACGCCAAGUUGAGAAAGACGAAAAAGAAAUUCAGGAAUCCAUACGAUUUUGGGAGGAGAAAGAACUGGAAACUUUUCCUGGGCUUGACGCAGGGGCGAACGUUCCUGCGGCACGUCCUGCUGCCGUCAAGCCACGGGCCGGCCGGCACCGGCAUCAAGUGGCAUACAGUGGACAACACAUUAGAGGACUGGCCAUGAUUGAUUGAUUUCUUCCAAACCGAAAUACGGCCGCAGCAGCCACUGGCCAUGAUAAGAGUUUGGCGAAGGUUGUUGCUACUCGUGCUUGUAAACUUGAUGUUUUAAUACUUGUUGGCAUUGCAAGGUACAGUUUCAUGCGUUGGUUAAGUUGCGUCUGAAUUGUAUCGCCACAUUUGAAACGUCGUGUGCAUAAGCUCUUUGAGCGCGCCCUUGAGGCGCAAAGCGAUAAAAAUGGAAAGUUCUGAUAUUCGUUUGUUAUUCAGCGUAUUUGUAGUUUGUAGUAGUUGUGAGCCUGAAUGUAUAUAUGUUUUUGCGGAUUAGUUAAAAAGUUAUUUGGUGGUGGUAGAACAUAUUUUAUAUCCGCCCGUAUAGCUACCACCGGUAGGUGUAUGGAGGUCAUUAUCCGGGCGGUGUUAAACCGUUUGGGCCAAAUACUUUCUGAAUUUGAAA